UCAAACCGCUUCAAGCUUCAUGGCACUUGUGGCACUUCUCUCUGUUACUUGACUGCUUGUAUUAUUGCAAAGUAAUUGUCAUGGCAUCGGAGCGGUAUAGUUUCUCGUUAACAACUUUUAGCCCGUCAGGCAAGUUAGUGCAGAUCGAGUAUGCCUUGGCUGCGGUAGCUGCUGGUGCACCGAGUGUGGGCAUCAAGGCAUUGAAUGGCGUCGUUCUCGCCACGGAGAACAAGCACAAGUCCAUUCUCUAUGAUGAGCACAGUGUCAGUAAGGUUGAAAUGAUCACCAAGCACAUCGGAAUGGUCUACAGCGGCAUGGGUCCAGACUAUAGAUUGCUGGUGAAGCAAGCGCGUAAGAUGGCACAGCAGUAUCUCCUGGUUUAUCGGGAGCCCAUUCCGACCGCGCAGCUCGUGCAACGCGUUGCGAUGGUCAUGCAAGAAUACACACAGUCUGGUGGAGUCAGACCCUUCGGUGUGUCCCUUCUGAUAUGCGGUUGGGACAACGACAGGCCUUACUUGUUCCAGUGCGAUCCGUCCGGCACGUAUUUCGCGUGGAAGGCGACCGCGAUGGGCAAAAACUUCAUCAACGGCAAAACGUUCCUCGAGAAGAGGUACAGCGAGGAUCUGGAGCUGGACGACGCCGUUCACACUGCUAUUCUUACGCUAAAGGAGGGAUUCGAGGGUCAGAUGACCGCGGACAAUAUCGAAGUUGGUAUUUGUGACGCGAGUGGAUUUAGAAAGCUGGAUCCUUCCAAUGUCAAGGAUUACCUUGCUAAUAUUCCUUAAAUUUCAUUUCGUAAAUGUGUAUUAUGAAAGUAAAAUCUUGAAAAUUGCUUCGUAUCAGAUACUUGUAAUAAAUUCUGUUAUCCAAAGAAACGAUGAAGUGAUUGAAGUGUUUUUCUUUCGCGCGACGAUGCUAAAACUCGUAUAUAUAAUUGCAAAAAUCGUAUUCAUAAAUUUUGUAAUAUAACAAGAUUAUUACAUAUUUAUAUAUUGAUAUAUGUAUCGUGCUUGAAUUAUUUGGGCUAUGCAUAAGAAAAUUAUUCCUAUAGAUUAUUAAAUUGAAAACCAUAAAUGGGAUGAAGACCGAUAAUAUAAAAAUAACAUCCGAAAUAAAAUCUAUCACUUACAUGGGAAAGUGAUUUAAUAUAUAUAUUUUUUUUAUUAUUAAAUUUCGUUUCUAUGUUGAAACAAUAUUACAUAUUCAUAUAUUGAUAUAUGUAUCGGAUUUAAACUAUUUGAGAGAUUAUUAUUUUAUUUCUACAGAUUAUUGGAAAACUAUAAA